AUGGCAUCAUCUACAUCGUCUACUCCCUCUCCUAAUCCUAUUGCUCCAAUGAAUAGUGGUCCCCCAUCUGCUGGUACAACCGGUCAAACUUCAAACAAUUCAAGUGCAAAUUCAGGUCAACAACAACUUAUGGGUGCAAAUAAUCCUUUAAAUGAUGCUCCCGUAUCUCCUGAACGCAUAGCCUGUUGGAUAACUGAAUUAUUAUCAUCCAAUACACGUGAAAAUGCCUUAAUGGAGUUAAGUCGUAAACGAGAGAAAGUUCUCGAUUUAGCUGUUUUACUUUGGCAUUCAUUUGGAUCAGUUGCUGUACUUUUACAUGAAGUUAUUUCGGUUUAUCCAUAUAUAACACCUCCGACAUUAACAGCUCAACAAUCAAAUCGUGUGUGUAAUGCACUCGCACUACUUCAAUGUAUAGCAUCUCAUCCUGAAACUCGUUCACUUUUCAUUCAAGCAAAUAUUCCAUUAUUUCUGUAUCCGUUCUUAAAUACAAAAUCAUCAACGAGACCGUUUGAAUAUUUACGUUUGACAUCAUUAGGCGUUAUUGGCGCACUUGUUAAAACUGAUGAAACAGAAGUUAUCAAUUUUUUAUUAACAACAGAAAUAAUUCCAUUAUCAUUACGUAUAAUGCAAUCAGGUAGUGAAUUAUCGAAAACUGUCGCAACUUUUAUUUUACAAAAAAUACUUGCUGAUGAUUGUGGUUUAAAUUAUAUAUGUCAAACAUUUGAUCGAUUUUCGCAUGUGGCUAUGGUUUUAGGACGAAUGGUUCUUCAACAGCAAAAAGAAGCAAGUGGUCGACUAUUAAAACAUAUAAUUCGUUGUUACUUACGUUUAUCGGAUAAUCCACGUGCACGUGAAGCCCUUCGAUCAUGUCUUCCGGAUUGCCUUAAAGAUCAUACAUUUGAUUCUGUUCUUAAAGAAGAUCAAUCAACUAAAAAAUGGUUAUCACAGUUAUUACUUAAUCUAGAAUCACCGGUAGCGCCGAAUACAGCUAAUUCUCAACAGCAAGCAUCCGGCUCUGGUGUUUCACAACAACCACAAUCUGCAUCUCCACUUGGCAUGGGAUAG